CUGUUGGGCGCCGGAAGAGAACGGGCCUAAGAUGGUGGCGCCUACGGGUGCCCGGAAGAGCCGCUCAUGUCAGCGAACGGAGCGGUGUGGGGGCGCGUGCGAAGCCGCCUCCGCGCCUUCCCCGAGCGCCUGGCAGCUUGCGGGGCCGAGGCCUCUGCGUACGGCAGGUGCGUGCAGGCCUCCACGGCCCCGGGCGGCCGCCUGUGCAAGGAUCUCUGCGCGCGGGAGUUCGAGGCGCUGCGGAGCUGCUUCGCCGCCGCGGCCAAGACGACCCUGAAGGGAGGCUUUUAGGAAGGACCUGAGCUCCGGUCUUCACUCCCAUCUGCUGCCUCAUGUUGGUUCCAACACAAAGCACACCAGGCUCUCAGGGCUGAGAGGAAGUAGGACGGUGAUGCUCUAGGGUGUCAGAACCUGUGUUUCUUAGCAGGUCAAGUGUGAGCAGGGCAGGAAUUUGUUUUCCAGCCUGCUGUUCCUAAGGAUCUCAGUUAGAACAAGAUGUAAGGAACUGGCAAUAAAGACUGUCAGAUCAUG